AUGCCCAACGUCAAGCGGCUGAUUCACGUCUCGGCGCUAAACAGCAGCCCACAACCGGAGCCGCACUUCAUCUCCGGCGGCUCGAACUUCCUCAAGACGAAGUACUACGGCGAGCUGGCGGUGCGGGAGGAGUUUCCCGAGGCGACCAUCAUCCGGCCCGCCUGGAUGUACGGCGUCGUGGACCGCUUCCUCUGGUACUACUGCCAGUUCUACCGGCGCAGCUUCCGCAAGUUGGCCGUACCGAAUGGCGGCUAUGGGAUCACGAAGACGCCGGUGUGCAUGACCGACGUGGCGGCGGGCAUCGUCAACGCCAUCUCCGAUGAGGAGUCGGUGGGGCGAACGUACGAUGCGGUCGGGCCGCGCCGCUACGAGCUCCGCGAGUUGCUCGAGUUCAUGCAGGAGCUCAUCAACAAGGUGCCCGAGAAUGGCGGCUUCCGGGUGACCAACAUCCGCUGGGACCCGAUCUUUCGCACUCGGGUGACGCUCUACUCCUACCUGAGCAAGUUCAUCUACCGCGACCCGAAGGUCAGCUGGGAGAAGAUUGAGCGGGAGGCCAUCUCCGACGAGAAGCCCCUCAAUCCGACGCUGCAGGACCUGGGCGUCCGCCUGCAGUACAUCGAGGACCUGUGGCCGGACAUGCUGUCGGUGUGGAUCCACGAGGGGGCGUACAGCGGCGACACCGGCGAGAAGAAGAUCUACUCCAAUCCGCCCUACAUUUUGGAUCACUAG